AGAGCCGAGGCGCACGAGCGGGCCGCGGGGCGCCGUGGGGCGGAUUGCCUGGCUUCUUUUCCAGGCCCCGCGGGGGUGGCUACGGCUUCCGCGCCCGUCACUUAGGCACCCGGAAGAGGAGGAGGAAGUGCGGGGCCGGUGGCUCCCAGCCUGCCCCGGCGCCGCCGCCCGCAUGGAGCCCAACCUGCGCUUCGGCAUCUGGGAACGCCAAUCUUUUGUUCAAAGAUUUCUUCACUGGACAGAAUUAUUGGAUCCUACAAAUCUGCUCAUUUCAAUUGAAAGAAUAGAAAAAUCAAGACAACUAUUGUUCACCAAUGAAGAUGCAGCCAGACACAACCUGAAUGACCAAAGGAUUAAAGAAGCAUGGAAGAGGAGUCUUUCGACCGUGCACCCUGACAGCAGCAGGCUGAUUCCUGCGUUCUUCCGGCCAGCAGCUUUCCUGCCCUUGACGGCACCCAUGCUGUUUUUGUCAAUGAUGCCAGGAAAAGGAAUGAUGUCCACACUUGUCCCUCAGGUUUCCUUUUAUGCCUACACAACAGCUUUCACCAUCAUCAAUGGCAACUCCAGCUAUAGGCAUCAUGGGGCAGAGCGAGUGGUGUUAGGAACGGGAGCAUUCAGUUCUUCAGCCUUCCUUGGAUUGUUCCCUUAUUUCGUUCAAACAAAGUAUCCCCUGAUUAACCCUUUGAUCAAAAGGGCCUUACCCAUCAUCUUUUUCGAUGCCUCUCAAUUGUCAAAGGAUGAACACUAA